CACAAAGCCAACGUGUCAGAUCGGCAAGGGAAGGGGAAUUGUGUAUCGAUCCCUGUCGAAACAGACUGCUGGUUGAGCUGGUGUGCCAGUUUGUGAACGAUACUUGAAUAAGAAGCUAUUUGGUUGAAUUUACUUUUCAACUUCAAGAUGGCAUCCUCAGAGCAACCAUGCUACACGCUGAUCAAUUUCAACAUGGAUGUUGAACCACCGAAUGAAAUGACUCUCAAGAAUGAUAUUGAAAAUGGUGACACAAAAACCAGGACUGAAGCCUUGAAGAAACUGAUCUACAUGAUACUGAAUGGGGAGAAGUUUCCAGGACUUCUGAUGUCUGUUAUUAGAUUCCUGCUUCCAAUGACGGACCACACCAUCAAGAAACUUCUGCUGAUCUUCUGGGAGAUUGUCCCCAAGACACACCCAGAUGGCAAGUUGCUUCAAGAGAUGAUCCUUGUGUGUGACGCUUAUCGGAAGGAUCUUCAGCAUCCUAAUGAAUUCAUCCGUGGUUCCACUCUACGCUUCUUGUGUAAACUCAAGGAGCCGGAACUACUUGAGCCAUUGAUGCCAGCAAUUCGUCUUUGUUUAGAGCAUCGUCAUAGUUACGUACGACGUAAUGCAGUCAUGGCCAUCUUUACCAUUUACAAGAACUUUGACUUCCUGAUCCCGGAUGCCCCUGAGCUGAUCCAUACAUUCCUUGAGCAGGAACAAGACGCUUCUUGUAAGAGGAAUGCAUUCAUGAUGUUGAUCCACGUAGAUCAAGACCGUGCCUUGGAUUACUUGAGCACGUGUAUUGAUCAGAUCACAUCAUUUGGUGACAUCUUACAGCUUGUCAUUGUGGAGUUGGUGUACAAGGUGUGCCAUGCCAAUCCGUCUGAGCGCGCUCGUUUUAUCCGUUGUAUUUACAACCUACUGCAAUCAUCUAGUCCUGCGGUACGUUACGAGGCAGCUGGUACCCUGGUCACAUUGUCAAGUGCUCCUACAGCUAUCAAGGCGGCAGCCUCUUGCUACAUUGAUUUGAUCAUCAAAGAAAGUGACAACAACGUCAAGCUGAUUGUGUUAGACCGACUGGUGGCACUCCGAGAAGACUCAGCACAUGAGAAAGUCCUCCAGGAGCUUGUCAUGGAUAUCCUGCGUGUGUUGUCAUCAUCUGAUCUAGAGGUACGUCGUAAGACAUUAGAUCUGGCCAUGGAUCUGGUGUCAUCGAGGAAUGUUGAGGAGAUGGUUCUUGUUCUGAAGAAGGAAGUCAGUAAGACCCACAAUGUGGGUGAGCACGAAGACACGGGGAAAUAUCGUCAGCUCCUCGUCAGAACACUUCAUUCAUGUAGUGUCAAAUUCCCUGAUGUUGCUGCUCAAGUCAUCCCCUUGUUGAUGGAAUUCCUGAGUGACACCAAUGAGUUAGCAGCAGCUGAUGUUCUCGUCUUUGUUCGUGAGGCUAUCCAGCGCUUUGAACAGCUCAAACCACUAAUUGUCACCAAACUCUUGGAGGUCUUUGCUUCUAUUCGCACUGUCAAGAUUCAUCGUGCAGCAUUAUGGAUUCUUGGUGAAUAUUGCACGACUAGCGAUGAGAUUCAGAGUCUGAUGAAUGAGAUUCGUAAUUCUCUUGGUGAGAUUCCGAUCGUUGACGAUGAGAUGAGGAAAGCAGCAGGAGAAGAUACUGAAGAGGAAUCCGUUGUUAUCUCUAGUCAGAAGCGACAGUUGACAGAGAUGGGCACCUAUGCCACACAGAGCGCGCUCAGUGCUGCUGCUCCCAAGAAAGAAGAGGAAACCAGACCUCCAUUGCGUAGUUUCUUGAUGGAUGGUGAUUUCUUUGUCGGAGCAUCCUUGGCCACUGUGCUGACCAAGUUAGCUCUUCGCUUCAUUGAACUCAACAAGAACCCCAAACAGCAAAAUUCUUUCUUGGCUGAGGCUAUGCUCAUCAUGGCAACAGUUAUUCAUCUUGGAAAAUCUGGACUUGCCAAGAACAACAUCACAGAUGAUGACUUAGAUCGCAUUGCUAUGUGUCUGAGGGUAGUGGCUGACCGGCACUCUCUCAUGUCAGACGUCUUCACUCGUGAUUGUCGCAACUCGCUCCAGACACUGAUUCUGACUAAACAGACGGAGGAAAAAGAACAACAGAAGGGGUCAGACAAGAAGCUAGUCUCCGUUCAAGCGGAUGAUCCUAUCAACUUCCUUCAGUUGAUGGCAAAGACUGAUAAUGGUGGUACUGAGGAUCAGCUGACAAUGAGUUUAUCUCUUGCUACCAUGGGAACCACAGGCAAGAAGGAGUUACAUGACAUCAGUGCCUCCAAGUUGAGCAAGGUGACCCAGCUGACAGGAUUCUCUGAUCCUGUGUAUGCCGAGGCAUAUAUCAACAUCAAUCAAUAUGACAUUGUCUUGGACGUCUUGAUUGUCAACCAGACUGCUGAUACACUGCAGGCAUGCUCCUUGGAACUUGCUACACUCGGUGAUUUGAAGCUGGUUGAAAAGCCGCAACCAAUGACGUUGGCUCCUCAUGAUUUUUGUAACAUCAAAGCUAACGUGAAGGUAGCAUCCACAGAGAAUGGAAUCAUCUUUGGCAACAUUGUCUAUGAUGUGUCUGGUGCUGUUAACGACCGUAAUGUCGUCGUUCUGAACGAUAUUCACAUUGACAUCAUGGAUUACAUCAUUCCUGCCCAUUGCACCGAUCAAGAAUUCCGCAGCAUGUGGGCAGAGUUUGAAUGGGAAAAUAAGGUGACUGUUAACACCAACAUAACGGAUCUGCAUGAUUACCUGAAACAUGUCCUGAAGUCAACCAAUAUGAAAUGUCUCACACCAGAAAAGGCUAUUUCUGGCGAGUGUGGAUUCAUGGCAGCUAAUCUCUAUGCUCGUUCCAUCUUUGGUGAGGACGCUUUGGCUAAUGUAAGCAUAGAGAAACCAGCCAGUGCUACCCCUGAGACACCUGUGUCUGGUCAUAUCCGUAUCAGAGCAAAGAGCCAAGGUAUGGCUCUCAGUCUGGGUGACAAGAUUAACUUGAGCCAGAAGAAAGAUGCAGGGUCAAAAGCUUAAGUUGUUUGAAGGAGAGAAAUCAAAUAAUGCCCUCCUCUGAGUUAUUGCUGAAUCAGAUAUGACAAUGAUAACAAUAAUACCUAUGGACAUCAUGCUACGAGAUACUGCUUAGUAGUGAAAUUGACCAUACCCCUUGAGUUACAAACUUAAAACGUACUGUCCAAUGAGUUUUUCCUUUGGCUAAUUUUUGAGACAUUUUCCGUCGCAAAAACAAUUGUGAGCACAGUUCAAGAAGGAUUGAACAUUGGAUAAUGAGUGAAAUGAUUAUGAUUGUGCAUUUGAUAUUUACUCUAUACAUGUUCCUUGCUCUUACUCUUGUGAGUAGGUCAUCUUAACUAUUGUUAUUAUGAAGCAUAGUGUUGACCAAUAUACAUGUAAACAAAAGAAACGUUUCAGACACAAAAUCCACUUACUUUCGGUCUGCUUUAAAAUUGUCCAAACACAAGCUGUUAUUAUGGAAACUAAAAACCUAAAGCGGUUUCGUUCAAGUUUUUGUCCAAACACAAGCUGUUAUUAUGGAAACUAAAAACCUAAAACGGUUUCGUUCAAGAGUAGUGAAUAUUUAGAAACAAUUUUUUUUUCAUUUCAUGGUGAGAUUAGAAAGGUGAGGGUUUUUGUGUUUAAAUCAAUGAAUUCUUUUGUUUUGGAGAGCUAUUAAUAUGGUGAAGCAAGUUACUGCUGUUUCUACUCAAUAUCUACAGCUUAGUAAUAAUAAUUCACCUGAUGGUUUUAUAUUGUAGAAAAUAAACAUACUAAAGUUGUGUUCAGAUUGAUUCACACAAAUCUAAAGAUUAAAUCCUUGCCUUUCAAUUAAUGAGUAAAGAUGAAUAUUUGACUGCAGAAAAGGAGUCAUUUUAUACAGGCUUGCUUAUUAAAAUUGAAACUUACACUACAUAUUGUCCUUUGAAAGUAAUUUUGGUUUAUUUUGUUUAUGUACUCAAAAGCAACAUUCUGUAAAGGAUUUGUCACAUUUUGAAGAUAAAUGUGGUCAUAUGAACAUUCAAGUACUUCAACAAGGGCUUACUUCAUUGUAUACUGACAAUUGUACCCAAAGUGUUUACAGUUGAGGCAAUUAUUAGCAUUUUUAUCUUGUCCAUGUAAGGACAGCACAUUGACAAGGAGACUCUCCUAGCAACUAAGGAUUUUAUUCCUCUCAUCUGGUUAUAUUGUGGCUAUAUUCUGUUUUAAAGCAUGUGAUCUUAUAUCUACUUGACAAAUACUUAAAUGUGAGCUUGGAGUUCCUAAAGCAACAUCGUUGACGAAUAACUAAUUAAAACACUGUACUGAAUGGACAA